ACUUGGUAUUAAUAUUCCAAAAUUAAUGACAAUAUAAAAAUAAAGGAAAUUAAUGGGUUGAAGAAAGCAAGAGCACCACCACUUGGUCACUCAUAGCCCACGUUCCCACUCUCAAUCCCCAAAUUCUAAAGAUUUCUCAACAAAAAAUAUAUAUAAAUCAAACCAGCUCCGAAAACACACAACAGACACAAACACAAGACGUGCUCUCAAUACAUCACACACUUCACUCUUUCCUCUUUCUCCUUUAGAUACCUCAAGAUCACAUCUCAGACUUCCAAAACCAUUUAUAUAUAUAUGGCUCUCGAGACUCUCAAUUCUCCUACUUCAGCCACCGCCACCGCUCGGCCUUUUCUCCGGUAUCGCGAAGAAAUGGAGCCGGAGAAUCUCGAGCAGUGGGCUAAAAGAAAACGCACCAAACGUCAACGUUUUGAUCAGACUCAUCACAAUCAAGAAACCACUCCUUCCGAAGAAGAGUACCUCGCUCUUUGUCUACUCAUGCUGGCUCGUGGCUCCGCCGUACAAUCUCCUCUUCCACCGUCCUUGCCGUCAUCCGCCCACCGUGGUUACAAGUGUACGGUCUGUGGAAAGUCGUUUUCCUCGUACCAAGCCUUGGGUGGACACAAGACCAGUCACAGGAAACCGGUGAAUAACACUGACAACGUUCUUAGUAACCAAGAGCCGUUUAAUAAUAAUACUCACCGAAACAGUAACGGCGGUUCCGUUGUUAUUAGUCAGAGCGGGAAGAGUCACACUUGUUCUAUAUGUUUCAAGUCGUUUUCGUCUGGUCAAGCCUUAGGUGGACACAAAAGGUGUCACUACGACGGUGGUAAUAACGGGAACGGUAACGGCAGUAGCAGCAACAGCAGCGUUGAAGUCGUCGGUGGUAGUGACGUAAGCGACGUGGAUGAUGAAAGAUCAUCGGAAGAACAAAGCGCUACUAUAGGUGGCCACCGUGGAUUUGACUUAAAUUUACCGGCUGAUCAAGUCACGGUGGUGAUUACUUAACGUUGACUCGGUUAUAUUAAAAGUCAACUUCCAAACGAGGAAUGGGGAAGGGAUAGUGGACGCAAGACCAAGGGCCGUUUCUUUCCCAGUUGCUUCAGCUUGACUUAGUCUGUAAUGAGAAAUGAUUGGAGUGGACUUGCGCAAUUGCAGUUGCAUUAUUAUUGUUUUUAAGAUAUGUUUAUUAUUUGUUUUUCGAUAGAAGAAACAAUUGAAAUAUUUUCUUAAAAAAUUAAUAGAGAGAUGGAUGAUUGGAUCAUACACGUUAUUUAUAUAGUGGACUGUUCUGUAAUGCUGAAAUUUUUAUUUAUUUAUUUUUCUGUAAACUAUACUUCAUUUGCCUC